AUGUCUUUAACAACAUCAAAACCACCUAUAAAUCGUCUCAUCACAACUAAUCAAGCUGGUUUAGAUAUGAAUAAUUUUUCAAAUAGCAUUUUACUAAAUUCUGCCAUGAAAGAUUUAAUAACAUCAAGCGAUAUUUUUUCAAACCCAAUGAUAAAAUUCAUAUUAUACGGCGUUACCAAUGACAUAUCGAUAGACACCAGUGCUAGUUUUAACACUAUUAAUACUUCAAAUUUGGUCAAUGCUUCAAUGAUGGCGAACACCAACAACAAUCAAGCAUUAGCAUCACGAUCAAUGUACUUCAAUCAGAAUUUAUAUAAUGACAAUAUGCCCACAUUUGCAUCAACACCCAAACACUGUGUAGCACCACCACUAGUAACACAUUUAAACGCAAAUGCGUCGAACAACUCUUGUGAAAUAUCUAGUAACGAUUAUUUUACGUUACCAUCAAAUCAAAACGAUAAAUUAACGACUCAAACAGUGUUCAAUGCUAUGACAACAGCAAUUGAUAAAUACAUGUCUUCUAUGAUUACCUCAACUAAUAAACGUAAACGAAUGGUAGAAGGUUCAUCCCUACGGGGAAAAUUUGACGAGUGUUGA